AGGCACGGGGAACGGCCAGGCGAAGGUUCUCGCUAGCUGCCCAAAAGGGGAGCUGCCUACCCGAAGGGCGAGCAUGGAAGCAGUGGCGAGGCAAAGAGAAGCUGAGGCUCUCGCUCGAGCGGAAGCGGAAGCGGACUUCGCGCGGAAGGCGGCGGCGCGGCGCGCCGCCGCCUCGCGCCGGGCGAUGCGCUGGGCGCAGCUGCAGGAGGAGGAGCUGGAGAUCCUCGCGCACCUUCGCCGCGAGGAGCACAAGCCCUCAAACCUUCGGUACGCGAAGAGCGCGAGCCGACGCGUGGAGGGCGAGCGUGCACGUCGAGAGGAAGUGGCGAGAGAUGUACUGGCCACUCUCCAUGCCGAGCAAGCUGCACGAAGAGAGGCGGCGCUUCAGAAGGGCCAAGAGCUGCAGAGCAGAUGCCAGGAGUCCAACUUCUCCCACUGCAAGGCGGUGGUAGUCAGUCGCCGCCUCCGCAAGCGAUCCGAGCCGCAAGCGCCGGGUCAGUCCGGUCAGUCGGAGGAACGCAUUCACUUGCCUCCUCUUGUGUGAGCCGCCUGUUUCACCCAGCGGGUCUUGGGGUAGGAACUGGUUGAGAUGACUUGCUUAACUGGCA